AUGCAUCAUUCAAUUUCAAAUGCUCAUAUCGAAUCUCCUUACUCAGGGAGUGUCUGUCUGUGUGUCCGCCAAUCUAGACCUAGACUAUCUAUCUAUCUAUCUAUCUAUCUAUCUAUCUAUCAUUCAUUCAUGUCAAUACAUAUAACAGAAAAACGAUACUCUAUCUAUCUAUCUAUCUAUCUAUCUAUCUAUCGAUCUAUCUAUCUAUCUAUCUAUCUAUCUAUCUGCGGCGUUCUUUUAUAUCUAUCUAUUUACCUAUCUAUCUAUCUAUCUAUCUAUUCUGUUCAUAUCUAUCUGUUCAAAUCUGUCUAUCUUGUUCUGUUCAUAUCUAUCUAUUUCAUCUAUCUAUCUAUCUAUCUGUCGCUACGACAUCUCGAUAUUUUACAAUCUUCUAUCUAUCUAUCUAUCUAUAUUACAAUAACAUCUCUCUAUCUAUAUUACUAUAAUAUCUCAGGGUAUCUAUCUAUAUAUCUAUCUAUCUAUCUAUCUAUCUACAUUACAAUCUAUCUCAAACAUAUCCCGAUAUCUUACAAUCUUCCAUCUAUCUAUCUAUCCUUACUAUAUCGCACAAUCUUUUCAUCUAUGUUUAUAUAUUUCUUUACUAUAACAUCUCACCUAUCUAUCUAUCUAUCUAUCUAUCUAUCUAUCUAUCUAUCUAUCUAUCUAUCCCACCCCCUGUUCUAUAUCUAUCUAUCUAUCUAUGUCAAUACAUAUAACAGAAAAAACGAUAUGUUUCCAUCCAGAAUCUAUCUAUCUAUCUAUCUAUCUAUAUGUUUCCAUCCAGAAUCUAUCUAUCUAUCUAUCUAUCUAUCUAUCUAUCUAUACUCUAUCUAUCUAUCUAUCUAUCUAUCUAUCUAUCUGCGGCGGUCUUUUCAUAUCUUUUCAUAUUAUCUAUCUAUUCCACCCUGUUCUAUAUCUAUCUAUCUAUCUAUCUAUCUAUCUAUCUAUCUAUCUAUCUAUCUACCUAUCUAUCUAUCUAUCUAUUCCGCCCUGUUCUAUAUCUAUCUAUCUAUCUAUUCCACCCUGUUCUAUAUCUAUCUAUCUAUCUAUCUAUCUAUCUAUCUAUUAUAG